GGGCGGAGCGCGGGCUGGGUACGGCCGGGCCGGGCCGGGAUCCGCGUCCGUGCGGGCCCGGGGUGCUGAGGGGACCUCCGAGUGCUGAGGGGACCCCCGUGUCCCGCCGGGAUCCCCCCCAGCCCCGCGCUCCUGACGCCGCGUUUGCCUUGCAGGAGGCCCAGGAUGGCGGAGAGACCGGAGGACCUGAACCUGCCCAACGCCGUCAUCACCCGCAUCAUCAAGGAGGCGCUUCCUGAUGGUGUCAAUAUUUCCAAAGAAGCCCGGAGUGCAAUCUCCCGAGCAGCGAGCGUGUUUGUGCUGUAUGCAACAUCAUGUGCAAAUAACUUUGCCAUGAAGGGGAAGAGGAAAACCCUGAAUGCUGGGGACGUGCUCUCUGCCAUGGAAGAGAUGGAGUUCCAGAGAUUCGUGGCCCCUCUGAAGGAAUCCCUGGAAGUUUACAGGCGUGAGCAGAAAGGAAAGAAGGAGGCCAGGAAAGAUAAAGACAAGAAGGCAGACUCAGAGGAGCAAGAUAAGAGCCGAGAGGAGGACAAUGAUGACGAUGAUGAAAGGAUGGAGGAGGAAGAACAAAACGAUGAGGAAGAGGUGGACAACUGAGCUGGCUGGUGGGCAGGGCCUGGGGUGUUCUCAGAGGGACAGAAACGCUGUUUCCAUUCGAGCUUUGUACUGCCCCUCUGUGGGCUGUCCCUUUGGGCUGUAAUUUGUACAUAAAGGAGUCCUGCUGAGGCUUUUCCCUGGCAGGGCGGCUCCUCCCUGUGCCCGGGGGGCUUUGGCCCUCCCCAGGCUCUGGGCAGGCACUACCUGGGCUUUUGAUGUUGGGCUGGCUCUGAAAGAGAGGAAAAAAGAACUGGUGGGUGCUCAGUGCAGAAACUGGCCAGGAGAACAUGAGACUCUUGAUUAUGAGGGGCUGAAUCCAGUAGAUCAUUUGUAGAUCACUUUUGGGGUAUAGAACGUAGGUGAUGAUGCCCAGAGGCUUGGAAGCUGCACAUUAAAGCUUUUGAUCCAA